AGCAGCAUGAAAGUGUUUGAGCCUUUUGGCUUCUUUUAGGCUUGUAGGAAAUCAUCACAUUUUUCGUGUCAAAGCACAGUGCUUUGUAGACAUGAAUCAGAGGAGGGCCUUCUGUUGGAUCAAAAUUCUGUGGGUCAGUGAUGCCUGAAACACGGAUAGAAGUGGAGUUACUGGUCAAAGGGCAUUCAGAUCUGGGAGAAGUGGCCCCAGAAGUAAAACCUUCAGACAGCCAAACAUCCGUGGCAAUCGCAGAUUUGGAAUGGAGAGAAAUGGAAGGAGAUGACUGCGGGUUCCAUUAUGGAGAUGGUGCAAACGAGGCUCAGGACAAUGACUUCCCAACAGUGGAGAGAAGCAGGCUUCAGGAAAUGCUGUCCUUGUUGGGACUGGAGACGUACCAGGCACAGAAGCUCACCCUCCAGGACUCCCUGCAGAUCAGCUUUGACAGCAUGAAGAACUGGGCUCCUCAGGCUCCCAAGGACCUUCCCUGGCAUUUCCUCAGGAAGCUGCAGGCCCUGAAUUCUGAAGCCAGGAACACCACUAUGGUGCUGGAUCUGCCUCCAGAUGCCUGGCCUGCAGAGAAGGCGAGCCAGAUGGAGGAGGAGAUGAUGUACUGGGACCCGGCUGAGGACACCGCUGAUGACAUCUACUCCUUUUCUGAGCUGCCCGUGCCUGACACUCCUGUGAACCCACUGGACCUCCUCUGUGCCCUCCUGCUGUCUGCAGACACCUUUCUGCAGCAGGAGGUCCUGCUGAAGAUGUCCCUCUGCCAGUUUGCGCUCCCGCUUGUACUGCCUGAUUCAGAAAACCACUACCACACUUUUCUUCUCUGGGCCCUGCGGGGCGUUGUGCGGACGUGCUGUUUCCAGCCCCCACGGGGCCUUGGGAGUUUUCGAGAAGACAGCGUGGUCCUGUCCAGGGUGCCCACCUUUGCCUUCGUGCGCAUGGAUGUCAGCAGCAACUCCAAGUCCCAACUGCUCAAUGCCAUCCUCAGCCCGGCUCGCCGGCAGUGGGACUGCUUCUGGCAUCGGGACCUCAAUUUAGGCACUAAUCCUCGAGAGAUUGCGGAUGGGUUGGUAGAAAUCUCCUGGUUUUUCCCCAGUGGUAAGGAGGACCUGGAUGUUUUCCCAGAGCCUAUGGCCUUUCUGAACUUGAGAGGUGACAUUGGGUCUCACUGGCUGCAGUUCAAGCUCUUGACAGAAGUUUCCUCCGCUGUGUUUAUUUUGACUGACAACAUCAGUAAGAAGGAAUACAAGCUGCUGUACUCCAUGAAGGAGUCAACCACAAAGUACUACUUCAUUCUGAGUCCCUACCGAGGGAAGCGGAACACAAACCUGCGCUUCCUGAACAGGCUGAUCCCCGUGUUGAAGAUAGACCACUCUCAUGUCCUUGUGAAGGUCAGCAGCACCGACAACGAGAGCUUUGUGAGGCGGAUUCGAGCAAUUAUAUGCAGCGUGGCACGCUCUCCCUGCAGGAGGCUGUCUGUGGAGGACAUGGCACAUGCGGCACGGAAGUUAGGCCUCAGAGUCGAUGAGGACUUUGAGGAGUGUCAGAAGGCAAAGGACCGGAUGGAGAAGAUUAUCAGGAAGAUCAAGGAUGUGGAUGCCUACAAGAGAGAUGAGCUGAGGCUGCAGGGGGACCCUGCAAGGAAGGCAGCCCAAGUCGAAAGGGAGUUCUGCCAGCUCCAGUGGGUCUCAGAGCCCCCAGAGAAGCACCGGGCUGAGCUGAGACGGCGGGUCCUGGAGCUCCGUGUGCAGCAGAAUGGCCAGGAGCCCACCUCAGGGGUGCAGGAGUUCAUUCUGGGGAUAAGCAGCCCCUCCCUGGGUGAGAGGCAGUACUUCCUGAGGUGGAUGGAGUGGGGGCUAGCUCGACUAGGCUCGCCACGGCCAAGACAGCCUCCAGAGACCCUUCUCACCCUGAGACCAAAACUUGGUGGGGCCUCAGACUUGAAUGAGCCCUUCUGGCCUGAGCCCUUGGGAGUGGAGCACUUCCUGCGGGAGAUGGGGCAGUUCUAUGAGGCCGAGAGCUGCCUGGUAGAGGCCGGGAGGCUGCCCGCUAGCCAGAGGCGUUUUGCCCACUUUCCGGGCUUGGCUGUGGAACUGCUGCUGGGUGGGCUCCCUCUGGAGCUGGUCGAUGGGGCCACCCUGAGCAUCCCUGUUCGCUGGGUCACUGGGCUUCUCAAGGAGCUGCAUGUCCGCCUAGACAGGAGAUCUCGACUAGUGGUUCUCUCUGCCCUGGGGGUGCCAGGCACAGGGAAAUCUACACUCCUUAACACCAUGUUUGGCCUGCGGUUUGUCACAGGGAGGAGCUGUAGUCCUCGGGGAUCCUUCAUGCAGCUCCUCCCUGUAGCUGAGGGCUUCAGCCAGGACUUGGGCUGUGACCAAAUCCUGGUAAUAGACUCUGGGGGUUUGAUCAGUGGGGCCUUGCCCUCUGCUGGAGACAGGUUCGAACUGGAGGCUUCCUUGGCCACGCUGCUAAUGGGGCUAAGCAAUGUCACUGUGGUCAGUUUAGCUGACAUGAAGGACAUUCCACCAGCUAUUCUUCAUGCUUUUCUAAGGCUAGAAAAGACAGGGCACAUGCCCAACUAUCAGUUUGUCUACCAGAACCUUCAUGACCUCUCUGUCCCCAGCCCCAAGCCGAGAGACAGGAGGCAGCUCCUGGAUCCGCCCAGCGACCUGGGCAGGGCUGCUACCCACAUGGAGAAGCAGGGUAGCAGCUUCCGGACACUGGCAGGCCUGGCAGAGAGGCAGCACGUCUGGCACAUCCCAGCCCUGUGGCAUGGAGCACCACCCAUGGCCACUGUGAGCCUGGGCUACAGUGAGGCCAUUUUUGAAUUGAAGAGAUGCCUGCUAGAAAACAUCAGGAAUGGCUUGUCCAACCAAAACCAAAACAUUCAGCAGCUCAUCGAGCUGGUGCGGAGGCUGUGAAUGUCGUGAGGGUAGGGCCUCCUGCUGUGGUCUGUUGGGCCAGCAGCCAGCAAGGCUGGCUUGGCACCUGAGGGUUGGCUGGUGCUUGCUGCACCUGAGAAGGAACACUAGUGACAGACAGGAGUUAAGGUCCUCUUCACAGUGUUAAGAAGCAGUCUCAGACUGGCUCAGAAAUAUUGAGAAUAGAGGCCCAGGGCGGGGUGAUCAAAGCAGUGGCGUUCUCUGUCCCUAACCCAUGUCGAGGCUCCUGGAAGUUGGCCCUCUGGGUAGCUGCUCCUUCACUGGUCCCUGAAGUUAGGGAACAGCUCCCUUAGUCACAGCAGGGACUUAGUCGCAGACAGGGAUGUUGCGGGUUGUUCUGAAGAAGCAAAAGAGGCUUUGCUUCCAUUCAGUCCACCGGUCCUUUGUGGACCAGCCUUCAAGGUUUCGGUGAUGUGGCACCGAAGUGCAAGGCACUGCCAUGGCACUGAGCUUACUGGUGUGUGAAGCGCUCCCUGACCCUUGCCCAGGAAGUGUUUGUCAGUCACCCUUUUGUGCUCCAGCACUUUGUCACACUUUCUCCUCAACACUUCCUGGCACAUUGUCACUUGUGUGUUUACUGUCUGCCCCUCGACUGUGAGCUGCUUGAGGGCAGGACCUAAGCACCAUGCAGCUCUGGGUCCCUAGGACCUGGCACACAUAGGCGCUUAAUAAAUGUUUGUUGAACUAAUGAGUUGAAUGAAUGCUCCAAUGAUAGUAGCGUGUAGGUUUUGCCUCUCUGUGCCUUCAUUGUCCUUGUGCUCAGGACAACCUUUGCCUGAGGAGGGGUCUGGGAGCAGGCUGUUGCCUGGGGAUAAUGCCUCAUAGUAACUUUUCAGCACUUUGGUCCCUGCCCCAUAUGUGGUUGACAGUAGGAAGUCCCAGACUGCCGUCCCUGCAUGGCAGACAUGAGUACGGAGGACCUAAACCCUCCCCAGCAUUCUGACCUCUCUCCGCAGCAAAGUAGCCAUCCUGUGAGACAGGUGCUUGGUGAGGAACGGCCUGAAGCUCGUCCUCUCUGAUUCUUCAGCUGGAAUCAGCCGGUACUCCGCUGCGUUUCAGAGCCCCACUCCCCUACAUCUCAGGCCUAGGAGUUUCUGCUUAACUGUGCCUUGUUGCUGAGGCUUUGGGGUUUCCUUUUGCUUGUUUCUUGUCAGAAGUCAGGCAGUGGCCUGAGAGCCUCCCCUGUGUCCCUUGAUCCGGUGGUAGGUCUGGACAUGUGGGCAGAGGGAAGCCAUCCCGAACCGUGGCAAACCUGCUGUCAGACCCGGUUAGGAAAAGGGGACUCGACCUGCCCAGAGCAUUAAGAUGACCGUACUGUGCUGAUUCAGUUGGAAGUAACAAACCUUUUUUUACCUUAAGAUUCACUUCCGCCGGCAGGGCAUGGUGGUGCACACUUUUAAUCCCGGUACUUAGGAGGCAGAGGCAGGUGAUCUCUGUGUGUUUGAGGCCAGUCUGGUCUACAGAGCGAGUUCCAGGACAGCCAGGGCUACAAACAAACAAAACAAACAAAAACCAAUCAAUAAGCAAUAAUAAAAACAACAAAAACAUCCCCCCCACCUUUCCUACCAGAGUCACAGAAACUUCCCUGGCACCUCCCUGCACUGCAGGAAUUUCACCCAGCAUUCCUAGCUCCAAAUUUACACUUAUGCACAGGAAAUACCUCUCAGAAUCGUUUUGUACAGAGGGCCUGUGCGGUAGCUCAGUGGGCACAAACACUUGCGACAAAGCAUGCAACUUGAAUUCAAUCCCCGGAACGCACAUAAAACUGGAAGGAGAAGCCACUCCAUAAAGCUGUCUGCUGACCUCCACACAUGCCAUGCCAGGUUACCUCCCCUGCUCAUCACACAUCUAACAAUAAAGCUACGGCUUUCACCUUCA